AUGGAAAGACAGCUCUGCGAGGUGACCUUGGCUCUUGUCCUACUCUAUAACAUCGUUUGCAUUAGCCAGUUCAUGCAAAUGAUACAUUUUGAAAACGGGGCGCGGCUGCGUAUGGAAAACAACAUCUUGACGCGAAGACGCAUUGAACGGCACUUUAUGAAGAAGAGGUGCGCUCUUCUCAUGAAUGAGUACCUGCUGAUCAGCCGCCCACACUCCCGAAGAUCCAUCAGCUUAAAAAGCCCCAAAAAGAGAGCAUCAAUGGAAAGACCAUUACCGAAGAAGGUGUUCAAUGAUUCCAUCCAUGGUCAUGUGGAGUUGCACCAGCUUCUUGUCAAAAUUAUUGACACACCUCAGUUCCAGAGACUACGAAACAUCAAGCAGCUGGGAGGGGGCUAUUUCGUUUUCCCUGGAGCAUCCCACAACCGCUUUGAACACUCAAUCGGGGUGGCGCACUUAGCAGGAGAGCUUGUACGAAAUCUGAGAACAAUGCAACCAGAACUCAACAUCAGUCCCAGAGAUGAACUUUGUGUGGAGAUUGCUGGUCUCUGUCAUGACCUGGGACAUGGACCCUUUUCUCAUUUGUUCGAUGGGAUGUUUAUCCGCAAAGCACGUCCAGAUCUGAAAGGGAAAUGGAAGCAUGAGACUGCCUCUAUACAGAUGUUUGACUACCUUGUGAAAGAUAAUGGUCUGGAAAGCGUGAUGAAGCAGCACGGACUGGAGCCUUCUGAGGACCUGGAUUUCAUCAAGGAGUUGAUUCAACCUUAUGAUGAAACCGAACAGGUCAGUCUCAACAGUUGGCCGUAUAAAGGCCGAGAAGAGGACAAGUCUUUCCUCUAUGAAAUUGUGGCCAACAAAAGAACGGGCAUUGAUGUGGACAAGUUUGACUACUUUGCCAGGGACUGCCACCACCUGGGCAUCCAGAACAACUUUGACCAUCGCCGCUUCAUCAUGUUUGCCAGGGUGUGCAAGGUGGAUGGAAAGAAGCACAUCUGUGUUAGAGACAAGGAGAUUGGAAAUGUGUGUGACAUGUUCUACACAAGGAUCAGUCUCCACAGAAGAGCCUACCAGCACAGAGUGAACAAGAUCAUAGAGUCUAUGAUCACAGAGGCCUUUUUAAAGGCAGAUAAGCACAUCAAGAUUGAAGGCAAAGGAGGGAAGAAGUUGAGUCUCUCCGAAACCAUAGACAACAUGGAGGCCUACACCAAGCUGACAGAUAGUGUGUUUGAACAAAUUCUCAGCUCAACCUCUCCAGAGCUGACUGAGGCGAGGGAGAUUCUGGAAAGGAUCCAGUCUCGACAACUCUACAAGUUUUUGGGCCAAACAAAGGCCAAAAUGCUGCAUGAGCCAGGAGCUCCACAGACCCUCCCUCAGGAUAUCAUUUCCACUUGGAAAGAGGAAUUGGUUAAAGCCCUCCCUCAGGCUGAUGCUCAGGUUGGGCUGCAGCCUGAUGACUUUGAAAUUCUAGUGAUCACAAUGGACUAUGGAAAGAAAGACAAGAACCCUGUUGAUGAAAUGUAUUUCUACAGCAAGAAAUAUCCUACCACAGUUGGACCGAUCCCUGCAGAACAGAUGUCCGAGCUGCGUCCAACAUGCUUUUCUGAGACACUGAUCAUGGUUUACUGCAAGAAGACUGAUAACAAGAGUGUGGAGGCUGCUGAUAAACACUUUAAACAGUGGCGCAAGAACAAGGGCUUUCAGGUUGGAGAGACAGUUGGACAGUAG